AGCUGACGUCAAGACCAAGUUCCUCUCUCGUCACCAGUAGUGUUUAUCCUUCAAUUUUUGCCUUUUUUUGCCUUUAUUUCUCUCCUCUCGGCGGCUACAAUGACCUGCAGGCUUAGAUAGCAGUAGAAGAAACCAAGAUGUGGAGGGGUGUGCCAGAGGGAGACCAGGGGGGGUCUCCUCCCCCCACGGCCCCCCCAGAAGAACACACCGAAGCCAGUGGCGGUAGUGAUAUAGCGGUUGUGAAGCAAGAGCUGGGAGACCUUCAGGAUCAGUUUGACGAACAGCAAGCUCUCAUUGGCCACCUGAAGGACAUGCUCAAGAAGAAGGAGACGGCACUUUCUUCCAGGGAGAAGGAGGUGGAGGACUAUGCAACUAGACUUGCCAAGAUGAAGCCCCGUCUAGUUAGACCUGGUGCUAGGUCCAAGCCAGUGCUUCCAGCGAGGGUGGAAUUGGUGGGCUCGUCUGAAGAUAUCCCAUCACCACAUGAAUCCCAGGCGUUGCCUACAGGUCCCGAGCCAAAGGUUAUUGAAGAUAAGAAACUGCCAUCUUCAGAAAGUGGCAGCCGGACCAAGAUCCUGCUCCUGAGGAAGCAGCUGGAGGAGAAUCGGCUUAAGUUUGAGCGGCAGCAGAAGGAGAAUGCGGAGAAGCGUGCCACCAUGGAAGAGAUGAAACAGAGAAUCGAUCGGCUGCGCACGGAGGUGGAGGAGCGUGACACCGUCAUUCGGUCCCUACAAGAUGGCCAGGGAUCAGCACAGGAGGAACCCAGCACACAGAAGCUCUACCAGCAGAUUGUAUACAAGGACAACACUAUACUGGAGCUGACACAGAAGGUGACCAAUUUAGAGGCAAUCAUACAGGAGCAGCAGGAAACCCUAAGUGAGAAGGACAAGGUGAUCGAAGCACGUACAGAGGCUGUGUCCCUCAUUGCUAAGUCUCAGGAAGAGAAGGGACGGAAAACAUUUGAGGAACUAGAAGAAAUGAGAUUGCAGAUGAAGAAAAUGCAAGAAAACUUCAUCACUAAGGAGCAGGAGUUCAUCUCCACAAGAGAUUCUUUAUCAAGAGAGCUGAAUGAUAAGGCAAAAAAGGUUACACAGUUAGAAGAAAAUAACCGACGUCUGGAAAAUCUCCGCUUUGAGCUGAGCACCAGGAAUGCUGAGCUCCAAGAAAAAAUUGUGACUCUCCAGACAGAUGUGAAGGCACUGAGAGACCAGUCUGAAGGAGACAGGGCAUCCAUCUCAGAAAAGGACAACCUGUUGCAAGAACUCAAGCAGAAACUGGUGAGAGCUGAGGCUCAUGGCCAGAAGAAGCUCAAAGCCUUGGAGAAACAAAUCAGGGCUAUUAAGCAAGAUGGCAAUGCAGGAGCACAGAUCUUGGAGCUCCAGAAUAGUAUAGCCGAGCUAGAAGAGGAAAAGGGAAACCUCCAGCUGAAGCUUGUUGAUUUUGAUGACUUAAAGGUUGCCAACGAAAAGCUCACCAACCAAAGAAGCAAGCUUGAAGAGCAAGUGAAGCAACUUAAUGGUGACAUAGACUCACAGCUAAGUGCAAUAACACAGCUGGAGGCAGAGAAGAUCAAGCUGGUGGAGGAAACGAACGAACGAGAGAACCGCAUCUUCGAUCUAGAGUCAGAAUUGACCACGACCAAAACAAGCCUCUCAGAAGUCACACAGGCCAAGGUGACCUUAGAGCUUCGUCUGUGUGAAGUAGAGGAACAGAGGGACCUAGCAGAGAAAGCCAGGUCAGAACUGGAAUCCCAGAUGUCCGAGUCAGGGAUGGCCUCAGUGGAGCAACUGCUGGUCGAAAAGGGCAGCCUAGAGGAAACAAUACAGAGCCUUAACAAGGAGAAGGAGGAAUGGGAGAGCAAGUAUGUCAGUCAGAUUGACACGGUGCAGGAAUGUGAAGAGAAAGUCAAGUCUGCUAUGGAAGCAAGGGAAUCCAAAGCCAAGGAAUGCAAAAGACUUAUGAACAUCCUUACAGACAAAGAGAAUGCCAUUGCUACCUUAUCCAUACAGAUUGACAGGCACAACAAAGAAGUGGCCGGUAUCUCAGAGAAGUUGAAGUCAUCUCAAGCGGAAAUUGAGAAGAGACAAUCAGAAUUAGAAGAGCUGAGUCACAAGCUCCAAGAGGAGACCAAGAGGUCACAAGAGGCAUUAGGAACUGUAACCAGCUUGGAGGAAGAGCUGUCUUCCACUCAAUCCCAAAAGCAGUCCGUCCUGGCAGAGUUGGAGUUGGCCAAAGAAAGUAUGAAUAGAUCUAUUAAUGAGAAGAACAUCACAAUCCAAAACCUUGUAGGAGAAGUAUCAGACCUUCAGAAUCAUGUUAAGACCAAAGAAAAGGUUAUUAAUGAUUAUAUAGAUAGACUAGAGCAAAUGGAAUCGCAGGUGAACAUAAGAGACGAGAAUAUUGAGUCACUCCAUGCGACUGUUAUAAAAAUGCAGGAAGAUUUAUCCAAGAAGAAUGCAGAAAUAGAGAAAUUGAAAAAGGAAGUUUCUAAUUCGCUCCAAGAGUUGCAGACCUCUAAAACAACUUCAGAAUUUGAAUUAGACUCUAUGUCAGCCAUGUUAAACGAUGCAAAGAAUCAGUUGGAAGGCGCGCAAAAUGAAUUAUCUCAGAAAGACAGAGAGAUCCAGAACAACCAGAAAGUAAUUUCAAAAUACGAACAGGAAAUGUGUGAGAAAAAUCUGAUUUCUGACGAACUGCAGGCUAAAGUCAAGAGCCUGGAGGUGAACAUAACAUCUCUCAAUGCCUCUCUAUCAGAGAAGGAGAUGGUAAUAGUAAACCUUCAAAUGGAACUUGAAGAAAAGUCCAUGCAUGUGGAGAACUUGUCAACCCAACAGCAGGGGUUAGAGCAAAGAUUUCAUCACCUUCAGGAGGAGAAUGCAUCAUUGAUAGAAAGAAGCACAGCAACAGAUGAGGAAAUGAACAACUUGAGAAUGCAGAUGCAACAGAAGGAGGAAAGUGUAUCGAGUCUUGAGUCUGAGAUGAUCUCUAAAGCAGACCAGCAGAGCAGAGACUUUGAUGAGUUAAGACAAACACUGACAGAGAAAGAACAAUACAUCACCACAGUGGAGGCAACACUAGAAAGCCUUAAAAAUGACAUUGCCACUAAGGCUUCUGAGCUGGAGAAGUGGGAGAGUGAAGCCUCUGAAAAGAAUGAGAAAAUCAACCUGUUGACUACACAGCUUGAGAACAUUCAGUUGCAAAGUUCCGAGAAGGAUGGCAUGGUGAGUGAUUUGCACACGCAGCUUAGCCAAUAUCAGGAGCAUUUGAGUGCAGCACAGGAUCAGUGUACCCAGGUGAAUACCCAGUUUGUACAUCUACAAGAACAGUUUUCAGUGAAUGAAAAACAACUUUUAGAAACAAGGGAGCAGUUAAGUGAAACUCAGAGUCACGUAGAGCAUGUGCAGAAUCAGCUGGCAGAAGCUCAGAAGGAGUUGGCUCAAGCGCAAAGCCAGCUCCAGGAGACGCAAGUGAAUUAUGAGAAGGUUACCAGUCUAGCUUCCCAGUUUGAAGAUCAGCUUCGCACUAAAACAGAAAACAUUGAAACUAUGGAGAGACAGAUGCAUAGCCAACAGGAUGUGAGUAGUCAGGAAUCAGAAGCAUGGAGGGUAGAGGCGGAGCAUCUUAGAGCAGAAGUUGACAGACUGAACUCAGAGAUAACCUCAGCAAGAGAACUCAACCAAAGCUUAGAGUCAGGAAGCUCAAAUGCCCAGCAAUGGAUCACUCAGCUGCAGCAAGAGGUGGAACAACUAAGAUCAGCCCAUGACAUAGCUCAGGAACAGUUGUUAGCCACCAAGGAAGAGCUAAAUUCAAGAGCCCUUGACCUCGAACAGCAAAAGCAAAAGUUCGAAGAGGUUCUUUCCCAGCAGCAGGAGUACAUCCAAAGAUCAGAGGACCUUCAGACUAAGCUCAAUGAAUCCAUCUCCCUCCAGCAGCAACAACAGCAGAAAGCCGAGUCUCUGCAGAUUCAGCUGACACAAGCUGUCUCACUACAACAGCAAAGUGAGAGUGAAGUAGCUACUCUGUCACUGAAACAGCAGCAGCACAUUUCAGACUUAGAAGCCAGUGUCUUGACUGUCACACAAAUGAGAGACCAGUUGCAAGAAGAAAGCAACCAGAAAUCCAUGCAGUUGCAAAGUUAUCAAGAAAGCUCAUUACAGCUACACUCCGAGAUGGAAAAUCUUCAUUCACAAAUUUCAUUGAAGAAUGAAGAAAUUCAGAAGUUGCAAGCUGACAGGGACCAAAUUUCUAUGCAAUUAGAGAGCCAGGCAGGAAAUGCAUCCCAGUAUGAUGCAAACACCCAGCAUCUUUAUUCUCAGCUUUCUCUGAAAGAUGAAGAAAUACAGAGAAAUCUCAUUGAGUAUCAAAAUGAAAAGAGCAAAGCAGAAAACCUCAUUAAGGAAUUAAACAAUACAAAAGCGCAACUGGAGCAGGAGCUUCAGGCUUUACAGUUCACUAGCUCACAGCAGCCCCCAGUACCAUCAGCAACAGGAUCAAACUCCAGCCAGAGAGACAAGGAAUUAGCUGCUGCAAAUGACCAAAUCCAGUUCCUAGAAGAAGAAUGUGAUGGGCUUCGCACAGAUGUCAACACAUUGAAGCAGCAGCUUCAGGAAGCCCGACAGACAGUCACACAACUACAAACAUCACUGGCGAACCAGACCUUCUCUGUGCCAGAGCCCUCAACUGAUUGGGAAGACUGGGGUGAAGUGGAUCUCGGAGCCCCUGAGUCAGCCAAGGCUCCGGCACAGGAGAAUUCACUGGUUUUGAGUCUCCAGAGGUCCUUGGCCGACAAGGACGAGAUGCUCACCAUGAUGCAAGAUCAGCUUAAGGAAAUGCUGCAGCAGAUAAAUACCAUUACAGAAGAGAAGAAGAUUCUGGAUCAGCAGCUCAAAGCAGCAGAAUCCAAUGCCACCCAGCAGGCAAAACGCUGGGAUAAAGAAAAGGAAGAGUUUGAGACAGUGAAAAACAAACUGGAUGAGCUAUUGGAGCUUCAGAACUCCUUUGAGGAGCAGAAGACAAAGGUAAUGAUGCUAGAAGAACAGCUGGCAAGAAAACAAGAGGAAAUAGCACACUUGCAAUGUAAGACAGCUGAAGUACCCAUGCAGCAUGAGACUGUUACAGACUCUUUCCAAAAUGUCACACUUUCCUCACCAGUUGAGGAACAGAAGGAAGGAACCCUCACCUCACAAAUCCAGUGGAACCAAGGAGAAAGUGGAGCUGAUGCAUUCUCUUCCAUUCAGUGGCCAGAGUCCAGCGGAGGCCAGGGGACCACUGAUUGGUUCACCAGCCAAGACAGUCAGCAAGCUACAACUGUGGCCUCAGCAGAAGCAGCAGUUACCCAGUCAGAAGCAGGAGCAGCAGUCACCCAAUCAGAAACAGGAGCAGCAGUCACCCAGCCAGAAGCAGCAGUCACCCAGUCCAGCCAGGAAGACACAGCAGCUGUAAACGUUGAGGAGUUGCAGUUCAAGCUUUCAUGGUACGAGGAGCAAUGGAGCACCUGGACAGGGCACUACACCCAGUUGCAGGAGAGUUAUCAGGAAGCUCAGCAGCAACUAGCUGAGCUUACAGAGCAACUACAAGAGUUGCAAAGCACACAGCCACUUCCAGAAGCAGAAGUAGCACCAGCAACAGCGUCUGAGGACAAACCCACAUCAAAAGAAGAGAAAGAAAGAUUAAAUGAGAGCAUCCUACAACAGCAGGAGCAGCAGAUUUUGGAUUUGCAAAGCCAGCUGUCAAGCCUGCAGAUAGCUAAUGAGGACCUCAAGAGAGAAUCAGAAGGCAUCCAAGAGCAAGCCUCCCAUGCAAAGGCAAAGGAGGAGGAACUGGAGAGACAGAGACGAGAUGCAGAGGCCGAGGUUGACCGCCUAAGAAGCUUUGAAACCCAAGUGUAUGAGCUUCAGAGCCAGUUACAAGCAAUUCAGCAUCAGUGCACAGCUAUGCAGAACAAGCUGGCUGAAGCAGAGAUGGAGCGGACAAGGCUCAUGGAGGUCGAGGUCUUGUACGGAGAAUUGCAGUCAUGCAUCCAGGAGUCAGAGACGAAGCGCGAGGGCUCCAAGUCCCGAGUGCAAGAGCUGGAGCUGAUGGUGCAGUCAGCGGAGUCGGAAAUAGCCAGGUUGAGGAACGAGAUUGACAAUUUGACCCAGGCAAGUGAAGCAGUGGAGACUGAUAGAGAGAGACUCCAGACUGAUGCUCAGGGGCUGGGAGCAGAAGUGACAUUGCUCGAUGAGAAAAUUGCAAGCUUGCACAAUGAGGUCAAGUUAUACAGGAACGAGAAUGAGAGGCUGAAAAAUGAAGGAGAGCUCUACAAGGCCGAGGCAAAGAAUUUGCAGAAGGAGGCCCAUUGUAUCAAGGAGGAAAUUACAAAGAUGCAGAGUGAGGUAGAUUUUUAUAAGGGCAAUGCAAUGAGAAUGGAAUGUGAUAAUAGAGAGAUGAAUGAAGAAAUCACAAGAACUAGAAUGAGUCUUGACAGAAUAGAAAGGGAAAAUGAACAGUUAAGGAGUGAACUUGAGGUGAUUGAAGGAGAGCAUGGAAGACUGAGACAGGACUAUGAGAUCCUUGAGGGAGAGCAUAAUCGUGCAAGAGGGGAGAGUGACAUGCUCUCACAAGCUAACCAGAUGUUGGAGGCAGAGAAGGAGAGUUUAGAGAAUGAGGUGCAGAGAAUAACUGCACAAAAUAUGACAAAGGAUGCAGACAGUGAACAUCUACGGGACGAGAUCCAGAGACUGACAGAGGUGAGCACUUCUGCCGAAUCAGAGAUCACUCGCCUCAGGUCUGAGAUUGAGAGAUUCAAAUCCCUGGACUCCCAGUACAGUGAACUAGAGAUGAAAUACUGUGACUUACAGGCACAGGUUGCUUCAAUGGAAGGUCUGCCAGGCAGCAGAACUGACACUGAAGCACAUGCAUUGGUUGUGGAGGAAGUGGAUUGGGGAGCAGAAGGCAAAAUUGAGCAUGAGCACCUUUUGCAGUCAUCAUCUGCUGAUCACAAACUCCAAGAGGAAAUAGAUAACCUGAAACAGAAGUUGAUAGCACUAGAGAAGGAAAAGAACGCUGUCUAUGAUGAGCUGCAGACAGCCAAGAUGAAGAGCGGGAAGAUGCUGCAGAAGUUGAAGGUAACACAAAGCAAGAAUGAGUCUUUGACCAAGGAAGUACAGAAGCUUAAGGCCAAAGCAGGUGGCUUUUCAGACCUCGACCAGGCCCUGGAGGAAGAAUGGAAGGCACAGGUGUCAAAGGCAGAGUCAGAGAGAGACGAAAUCAAACAGAAGUUAGAUGAGCUUGAAAAAGAAAAGGAUAACCUGAUGACGCAGGUAGAUGUCCUCACCGCGGCCCAGGAGCAGUACCUAGACCUUAAAGAAGAGCAAGACACUACAAUAAAGCUCCUGAAUGCAAGGAAUCGAGAGCUUGAAGGUCAGGUCCAGUCCUUAGAGUGGAAGAUCUCUGAGCUGGAAGAAAUGAUUGAGCAGACUCCCAGAAUGCAGCAGGAGCCAGCUGCUACCAUAUCAGAAACUCAGAUUGCAAGGUCUGUAAGCCCAGGAUCUAAAGAACUAGAAGAAUUAAGAGUACAAAUCACUUCGCAGCAAGAAGAGCUCAACAUUCUGAAGCCAGAGAACAUGAGGUUGCAGGCAGCCGUAAAUGAACUCGAGGAGAAGGUGGAAAACCUGAGUGCAGAUAAUGAAAACUUCCAGUCCAUCAUCGAAGGGCUGAAGGAUUCCAAGUCCAAGGCAGAAAGCGAAGUCAAUAAGUACAAAGAGUCCUUCAUCGAACUUCACGACCAGCAUGAGGCCACUAAGAAGGAGAAGGACCAAAGCAACGCACAGCUGAAGGAACUCCAGUACACGCACGACACGCUGAAGUCCGCCUACAACUCUAUGUUUGCCGAGUACAAUGAACUGCGGGACGUGUGUGACAGCCAUAAGAGUGACGUAGGCAUCCUAAAGGGGGAGAGGGAUCGUCUGGCAGAGGAGGUGGACAGCCUCAAGAAGCAGUUGCAAGCUCUGCAGGAGGAAGAGGAGGAGGAGAUCAUACGUGCCUUACAAGAUGAGUGCUUCAGCCUUAGAGAGCAGAAUAAUCUGCAACAUGAGGAGAACACAGCCCUGGAAGUGAAAGCAGAGGAGGCGCGGGAGAAGGCCAAGCGGUUUGAGAAUGCCAUGGAGCAGAACAUGGAGAUGCAAAACCUUCUGCGUGAUGAGCUCAUGAAGAAGUCCGAGGAAAUCAGCUACCUGAAGACAACCCUGGAAGCCGAGGACCGCAAAAUGGCCUACAUGAAGGCAGAGAUGUCAGCCAUCAAGACCAAGCUGAUGCAGCAGGACCAGGCCGAGCGCAGCAGCACCCAGACCACAGAGAAGCUGGAGGCUCAGGUGCAGCAGCUGGAAGAACAGAACCAGCAACUCCGGAGCCAGGUGGAGGCAGCAGAGACUUCCCUGACCAAGCUGGCAGGAAAGACGAAAAGAGAGGAGGAAGAAGAAGACUCUGUAUUCACUCCUCAGUCCUCGUCCAAUGCCGAGCUGGAGGCAGCUUUGGCCUCACUUCACCUUCGUGACCUCAGGUGCCAGCAGCUGUCCUUAGAAAUCACAAAGCUAUUGGAAGAGAGAGAUGCUCUGCAGCUAAAGCUAAGUGCAUCAUUGAGGCAGACGCAGGAACUCCGUCGAGAGCUGAGCCUGAGCCACCAGCUGCCAGCACCUGUCUCUGCUGAGCCCUCCUUAGACGAAAAGCUGGCUGAGCUUCGUGAGUUGAACGACUCGCUAGAACAGAAGGCUCUCAAGGCCCUCCAAGGUGCAGCAUCUCCCGUGGCAUCAGGCAUCGGCAGGAGAACGACCCUGGGUAGUUUCCCCCCCUCACCACCUACCUUCACCCCCCACACUGCCCCUCCUACCCCCACAGCCACCAGACAUGCCGAUUACACUCUCAAUGUUCGCCAUUCUUCUACAGCUCGAGAGACACAGGGAACUUCAUCUACCCUAAUGGACUGGAUAUUAGGGAAAAGCACACCAAGAGUAUUACACGUGUGAAAAGGGACGCAGCGGCAUCAUCAUCUUUGGACAUUAUCAUGAUCAUCUGGAGGCACAAAUUCUUCCAUUUCAAAGGGAGGGCUCGCACGCGUCAGGAGGAGACGUGUGCACUGCGGUGGCAAAUCUCGUCAGUCUCUUGGAUCAAGCCACUGACAUUUUGGAAAGUUUUCUUCCUUCCCAAAAGUGCUAUGUGAUGACCUUUCAAUCAUUCCCUGCUGCCAACUUAUGAUAAAUCCUGGAUUUUAUUUUAUUUUAUUUUAUUUAUUUUUUUGUAAUGGAUUUCAUUUGGCCUUUUUCUCUCUCUCUCUCUCUUUUUCUUCCUCCUUCUUCCUCUUUAUCUCCUCAUCUCUCUCUUAUAUUUUUUUCUAUUUCAUUUCUUGUUUUUUUUACAAUAUUUAUUGUAGUGUUCUUAAGCUUUUGAGGUCAUUGCAUUUUACAUAAUAAUCUAUGUAUUACAUUGUUAUUUUCUGAUGUUUCUCUUUAUAAAAAAAAUAAAUAAAUAAAUAAAUUUAUACCCUUUGAAAAUGACUAGUGAAGUUGCUAAAAGAAACAAAACUGGAUAUACUAAAAAAAUAUAUAUAUAUAAAAAAAAUAAUAUUAAUAAAUAAAUACACAAGCCUAAACAGACCAUCAUAUCCAACCUUUGAGGUGCUGAAGACCUUGUUAGUGUAGACCAAACCGUGUUUUUUUUUCCCAUCAGAGCUCGAUAAAGGAAUACAAUUAAUUGAAAAAGUUUUCUCCAUUCAUCAACCAAGGACGUUUGUGGACUUGGAGAAAAUUUGAAUAAAUACGUUUCCAUAAA